AUGGAAGCGGGAUCAGUCGUGCCAGAGGGGUCGCCAGCACCACGCACGCCUCUUGCCUACAUUGGUCCGGAUCUAGCAGCGCAAGCACAUGUGCACAUGCCGCCUGCCGUUACGCAUCUGCUUGAACAACUCAUGCCAGUGACACCUAAAAUAUUGUCCUCGCGGCCAAAACAAAGUACGCAUGCCUCGGUAUGGAUGGACCAUUGGCGCCCCCGAUGUGCCGCACACGUUUUGGGAAACGAAGAGUCGGCAUUAUUUCUCCGCGAUUGGCUGCACGAUCUGCGUGUGUCGUACAGUGGUGCACGACAACGGCCUAUCCAGACGCGCACAGUGUCGCGCAAGCGUGGACGACCCCGCUCUUUGAUGAGCGGCGUAUCUGAUAUGGUCGACGAUCCAGCGUCUGAUGCAGCAGACGACGCGAUUGUUGAUGCUGGGUAUGGCAAUGAGGAUGACGAGUACAAAGAAUUUCAUCCGGAGGAGAUUGCGUGGUUCAAUCAGUUCCGCACCGAUGCCCCAGAUCCCGGCCCAGUUGCCACAUCCUUGGAGCUCAGUAAAUUGACGAACUGCAUUGUGCUGACGGGUCCAACGGGUGUUGGCAAAUCUGCUGCAGUGUAUGCAUGUGCCACCGAGCUCGGCUUCGAGGUGUUCGAGUUGUAUGCAGGCAUGGGACGCCGAAGCGGAAAGGAUUUGGCUAGUGCGGUUGGGCAGCUAACACGGAAUCACAUGGUGCUGGGAGAUGCAAGAGUCCGACUGCAUGAUAUGCCACACCAGUCUUUGAUCUUGCUGGACGAAGUUGACGUUCUCUUUGACGAUGACGCAGGGUUUUGGCCCGCCGUUGUUGAGCUGAUCGGCGAAUCACGUCGGCCUGUGGUGCUGACAUGCAACGACCUGGAUGCUGUUCCACUCGCCGAAUUGCCCGUUCAGCGUGUUCUUACAUGGGAACCAGCGCCAGCACCGGUUGCAGCCACAUAUCUGCAACUGAUCGCCUUGGCAGAGGGAUAUAUCGUUUCGAAUGCGGCAAUGCAUACUCUGUAUACUAGUACGCGACUAUUGGCAGAUCGAUUGGACCCACCCAGUGGGCCCGUCUCUCCUAUGUCGAAUCUAUUCCCAAGUUCAUACAUGAUGCCCCAUGGUCAUGCGUAUGAUCUACGGGCGGCCCUCGCCCAGCUGCCUUGGAUCUGUCUGCACACACGAGCAGAAGAUCUGCUGCGCGAAAUGAGAAGCCCAAAAGCUGGCGGUAUGAACGAAUCUCGGAACGAGCACGAGAGCACAAGCGCUGCGUGCGAGAGUGGCUGUACGGAUACAGCGUCGUUGACACACUCGUCGUCCUCCAUCAAUCGCGCACGAGCCGAGCUUGCUGCGCUGCGUACCAUGUAUGAAGCUGCCGAAACUCAAUCGUAUGCAGAUCUGGUCUGUCAUGCGCGUGAGUACACGGAUGAAUAUGUGCCUCUUCCUGCUCGAAACCGCGCGAGCGUCUCGCGCAUUCCAAGCGUCCCGUGCACGUCCAUGCAUGUGCCAAGCGAUGGAUCGCGCCUCGAGCGAUCCAUUCAGCGUGCGUUGGGAGUCGAUGAGACGGCUCACAAUUCACUUACGCAGCGCAUGGACCAGGAUCGACUUGAACACUGCCAGCAAUUGCACACACUUCUGCAGCUCUUGCACGUGCCCGUUCAGGAGCAGCUACCUCGUACCAGUAUACCCUUGGACUAUGCGCCAUAUGUGCGCGUCAUCCACACUAUGGACAUGGCUCACCAACAGGCAUGGGCCGCUUAUUUGUACAAUAACCAAGCAACGUUGAUGCGCGUGACACGCAACUCGAUGCGACUUGCGCCAGAUGUGCGUGCGUAUCAAGCCUGGCUGCCAUUUGGACCGGCUGAACGAGAAGCCGCACAGCGCACCUCGUUCGUAUAG